UGUUGCGUGAAGGAACAUGGCGUAGAAAUAUAGAGACAGAGGAAGGGGAAGGUGCGCACUUCGCACGUGCUGGAGACAGGCUCCAGCUAACGUGCGCACUUCCUUCUCAUUGCACUACUUGUCCUCGUCACUUACCAGCUAAUGUGCCUGGCAGACCUACAAUUUGAUUAUAUAAAUCCUUAUGAUUCCUCAGUUCGAAUAAAUAAGGUGGUUUUGCCUGAAUUUAUUACGCAAGGUGUCCUAUGCUGCUUUUACCUUGUUACAAGACAUUGGAUUAUGGCACUCGUUUGUGCUCCCUAUCUCUACUACAAUGUUCGGUUGUACAGACGAAGAAGGCAUUUGAUUGAUGUUACUGAGAUAUUCAACCUGGUCUCUUGUGAAAAGAAGCAACGGCUUGUCAAACUCUUCUAUCUUGUUUUUACCCUUUUCCUCUCCGUAUUUUGGAUGAUCUACUCAUCAAUGAAUCAAUAAUUGCAGUUGAUUGCGUGUAUAGUGCUGCAAACUCCCAGAUGUGUCUCGUAGAGAACUGUUAAUUACUUCUCAUAUGCAAUGCUAUCAUGAUUAACAUGUACUUCAGGGGUGAAGAAAAAUUCAAGGGACGGGUUGUCUGUUGAAGGAAGAUUGAAUCAGUGUUGUUCUUGCAAUUCAUGUUCAUUCUCAGAAUAAAAAAUCGAAGUACGUUCCUGCUUUUCUCUAUCUUUGGGUAUCAAACUUCAUAGAAAAGAGACUAGAAACAUGAUUGAACCUUCCUUGUUUUUGGUUGAUGCUGGCAUAGCGCUAUGUUGGGUCAGGGGAAAGCUGUGCACAAGAGUCUGUUCCGGGGGUUCGGUACAUCAUCGAACAAAUAAACUGAUGCAAGUAAUAAAAUCAACAUUUUAUUUAAAAAUAUUUAAGUUGAUCUAAACUCUACGCGGAAGAAGUAAAAGCUACUUUCCUUGUUUAGAUUUGUUAUGUAAUGGAAGAACGUGAUUUAUCUAUUCCUGUCCACAGUUCACAAUUUUAUUUCGGUAAAACACCUUUUUGUGUAAGAUAUAUUCUUCUGGGGACAUAUUCAAUUCUUUAUUCAUCAUACAUUACAAUACAAGUAAAAUAUUCUAAUAUAAGGUUUAAUUUACGACUUAAACCACGCCUGAUGAUUAUUAGAGUUAAAAUUUAAGUUGUUUACCUUCUUAUUUGUCAUUGUGGCCCAGUUUAAAAACUUUAAAACAACUGUAAAAGUCACAUUUUCCUUCCACUAUCCUCAGCCUUUUCUUUAGGCCUUUAUCCAAACAUAAUAAUACAAAUGUGUGUUUUGGUACAUAAAGAAUAUUUUUGCCUGAAAUUUUAUUUUAUGUAA